AUGUGGGAGUGUCUUUGCACAGAGACUGCCGAGAGUUAUCCUGACGACUUGCCUGUCAACCUUCGGCCGUCCUCGAUUAGUUUGGAAGAAUUCGGGAUUCGCAACCAAUCCACUUCCAACGACGGUCUCAACGUCUACCUUUAUUGGGCUGAGAUAGUGAAGACAAACACAUCCUGCAAGCUCACGUUUCAGCAAGACAAGCUAGUUGCUCUUUCCGCAAUUGCGAAGAAUGUCAUGAAAACCCUAGGAGACGAGUAUGUUGCCGGAAUGUGGCCCAAGUACCUAGAUCGGGAGCUCAUUUGGUCGGUGUCUGUAUCCACACACCGGUUCGACAUCGAGGACCGGGCUCAUGCAGAUUUCGUGGAUACUUGCGAUCGGACACCAGUUACAUACAAAGCGCCGAGCUGGUCUUGGGCAUCGACAUCCGGCAAGGUUAAUCCCGGACUUCCAGACGUACCGGAGACAGAUGUGAUGAUUGCAGUCGAAGACUACGACCUCGAAUAUGCUACACCAGAUACAACAGGCUUCAUAAGAGGCGGCUGGCUGAGGAUAUGGGGCGAAUUGAAGACGUUGAAACUAAUACCUUAUCGAUCUUCUCCUACAUGCACCACGGCGGACUGGGAAAUGGUCGUCAACGGCACAAAUGUCAGCAUUCUGUCCGAUUCUACUGCGAGAGAACCCAGCCUCACGUAA